UUGAUUAUUCCUACUAUGCAAAACAAGCUUGAACUUUAUUUGGGCCCACUCACCAUGCCCAAUUUCUUUUCUAUCUCGCCGUCAAUUUAAAUACUUCCCGUGACCGUUAGAAUUUCGUCCUUCCAUUUGGCGCCAUGAAAUGAAUCACUCGCUAUUGAAAACUGUGAAUAAAUGCCAAACUCUCAGAUCCUUGAAAUCCAUCCAUGCCCAUCUUUUAGUCACCAGCUCCGUCGUCUCGUCCAACCUUAUCCUCAACAAGCUCCUCAGGCUGUACUCGCGCUUCGGAGCUAUCAGUUAUGCCCGCAAGCUUUUUGAUGAAAUUACUGAACCAAAUUCCUUUCUUUGGACAGCCUUAAUUCAUGGGCAUGUUGAGAAUCGUCGAUAUGAAGAAGCAUUUUCUCUAUUUACCCAAAUGCAUGGUGAGUCCAUUGAGCUUUUGAAUUUUACUAUUGCGUCUGUGCUCAAGGCUUUAGCUCGGGAGGGUAGAGUUAAAGAUGGGGAAACAAUUUAUGGGUUGGUCUUAAAAUUUGGAUUUGGUUCUGACUUUACUGUUCAAAAUGCGGUACUUGACUUGUUCAUGAGAUGCGGUAAAGUUGAUGUUGCUAGGCGGAUAUUUGAUCAGAUGGAUGAAAAAGAUGUGGUUUCUUGGAACUCGAUGAUCUCCGGCUACGGAAGUAAUGGCAGAGUUGAUGUUGCAAGGCAGCUGUUUGAUUGGAUGCCUGAGAGGAAUACAGUUUCAUGGACAAGCAUGAUUUGUGGAUAUGUUAAGUCUGGGGACAUGGCGGAGGCAAGGGUUCUUUUCGAGAAACUGCCAACUAAAGACUUGGUGUCAUGGAAUGUGAUGAUUUCUGGGUACACCAAUGCUAGUGAUGUUGACAAAGCUCUCUGUUUAUUCGAAGUGAUGCCAAUUCGUGAUAUUGGGACUUGGAAUCUGAUGAUUUCAGGGCUCUGCAAAGCAGGAGAUAUUAAACGAGCAGAAGAUUUCUUCAACAUGAUGCCAAAUAAGAAUGUUGCUUCAUGGACCAUAAUGAUGGAUGGUUAUAUAAAAUCUGGCAACGUUAAUAGUGCGAGGAGCUUAUUUGAUCAGAUGCCGGAGAAGAAUUUGGUUUCUUGGUCUACCAUAAUUGGGGGUUAUGCAAGAAAUGGGGAGCCCCACAGUGCUUUAGAGAUGUAUAAACACUUCAAGGAGCUAGGAGUUAGACCAGAUGAGACUUUUAUAUUGGGAAUCAUAUCGGCUUGCUCACAGUUAGGAAUUCUAGGUACAGCUGAAUCGAUAGUUGGUGAUUAUGUUGGACAAUCAACUCUGUCUAAUCUACAAGUAGUGACAAGUUUGAUAGACAUGUAUGCAAAAUGUGGAAGCAUUGAAAGAGCUACACAACUGUUUAAAAUGACCCGUAAAAAAGAUUUGCUUUGUUAUAGCACCAUGAUUUCAGCCUUCGCUAAUCAUGGAUUGGGUCAGGAUGCCAUUUCUUUGUUUGAGGAGAUGAAAAAGGAAGGCAUAAAACCUGAUGGUGUAAGUUUUCUUUGCAUUCUGAGUGCUUGUAAUCAUGCUGGUCUAGUCACGGAGGGCAGGAGGUACUUUAAACAAAUGACAGUUGAAUAUAGAAUUCAUCCUUCUGAGAAGCACUAUGCAUGUAUUGUUGACCUUCUUGGUCGUGGCGGGUGCUUAAAAGAAGCUUACAACCUUAUAUGUAAGAUGCCAUUUGCAGCUCCUUCAGCUGUAUGGGGUGCUUUACUUGCAGCCUGUAGGGUCCAUCGCAAUGUCCAACUGGCUGAAGUUUCCGCAUCUGAAUUAUUCAAGAUUGAGCCGGACAAUUCUGGCAACUAUAUCUUGUUAUCCAAUAUCUAUGCUGCUGCGGGAAAAUGGGAUGGUGUUGCGAAAGUGAGAGCGCUGAUUAGAGAGCACAGGGUUAGGAAAAAUAGAGGCUCUAGUUGGAUUGAGUUGGGAAGUGAAGUCCAUGAGUUUGUUAAGGGAGAUAUGUCCCAUUUUGAUUCAGAAUGGAUAUACCUUAUAUUGGAUUUGCUUAAGGAAGAUAUGAAGUUCCUGGGAUAUUUAAUGGACUUUGAAGAGAAAGAAGAAUUGUCAACCUCUACAUGGCAUUCUGAUAUGUUCUCUUACAAUAUAUUUGGAAGAUGGAUGAUGGAAAUGAUAUGAUAUGAUAUACUGAAGAAAUUGUGUGGAUUUUCUGGCAUGAUAUUUUCGAAGUCUUCUGAUUUAAAGGUCCCCUAUAUGGCUUUUUGUUGGAUGCUGUCCACCAGUGUCUCCGUUUCCCUUCCUUUCUGUAAGGGGACACUUAACUACGAUAAUAAUGCAAGGUUGUAUCUUCCUCUGAUGAGAAUAUUUUUUUUGAAUUAAAUGGUUUCUAAGAGUGUUUGAUCUUCAUUUUCAAGAGCCACAGAAUAGUACUAAUCUCAGUUUUGAACUGUCAAAAAUCACCAAGGACACCUUAUAAGGUCACAAUUAAUUUAAUUCCUGGGCAAGAACCAAUUUUGAUUCCCAAGUUUUUAAAUCAAGUCGAAGGGUUUUGUGACUUAUCAAAUUGGUAUAAUAUGCCGAUAACCAAUUUUGUGAUAGUAAGAAGAGUUUCCCAUCAGACUCAACCAAGUGAAGUCCAUAUAGCCCAAUCCUGAAGUGCAACUCAAUGACUAUGAGAGAAUCUAGGGAUGAGGACUCUUUCGCUUUGCCUUGCGGGCCAAACAAGCUGUAUUAAUUGCUAAAGGUUGCAUUUUUCGGUUUUCAUCUUGCUGGAGUAGCUCAAGAUAUCAGUAAUACGAAGUUAUGACAGAGGAAAGCUAAGCUGUCGGUAGCAAUAGCAGCACCUUUGAGGCAAUUUGCCCCUGCGUUUGGGGGACAAGAAUGGGACAAGCUCAGCCACCCCUAUGCAAGACUGUGGACUCAGAAGGACGGUCAAGAUGCGUUUUGGGGGAUUGUGGGGAAGCAAUCGGGACCCUUGGUUUUAAGGGAGGGUUGGGGAGCAUCUCCAUGUGAAAAGGGACCACAUGGAUGUUUGGUAUGAGCAUUAGCAUCACCAUGUGAGACUAAACUGUGGCACUCCCUCUUUUACUUUUUUCUUUUUAAUAAAUAAAUCAGGGAAGUUAAAAAUCCUGACUCAACCACUCUUACCAUAACUCAUAACCAGUUCCUAAGUUUAUGUAAACUUUAUUUUCUUUAAA